AUGACCAUUAUUUGUUUAUUGAUCCUAAUUACUUUUGCUCUUGUAACAAAUUUACAUGGAUUACCAAUAGCAAAGGAUUUGCCGGGAAGAAAAAGAAGUCCUGAAGAAAUUGGUGGACAUUUUGAAGGUGACAUAAUUAUUCCUUCAAUACCUAGAGGUGUGGCGAUGAUUGGUGAUUAUGUACGUUGGCCAAAAGGAAUAGUACCAUAUACUAUUUUAUCGGAUUUCAGUAUUGCAGAUCGAAAUCUAAUUAUUAAUGCUAUGCGAACGUUGGAGAGUUUAACAGCAGUUAAUAAUGUACUUUGUGUACAAUUUCGUGAAAAAGUCGAUUCUGAUGGACCAUACUAUAUUACAAUACAAAAUGGAGUUGGUUGUUCAUCUAUCAUUGGACGAUACACAGAUUAUACAGUGGAUCGCACAAUGAUACUGGAAACUCCUAGUUGUCUUUACACAGGAAUAGUUAUGCAUGAGUUAAUCCAUACAUUAGGCUUCUAUCAUGAACAAUCACGACCAGAUCGCGAUGAUUACGUCAAAGUAAUUUGGGACAAUAUCAUACCAGGUUGUACAAAUGUUGUUUUAGCUAUUAAGAAACGUGCUACUACAAAAUACAUUGUGGUGAUAUCUACAGAAGAUGAAAGUGUCACUGGCUCAUUAUCACUUGUAAUGAGUGGACCAGGUGUGAUUACAGUAAAAACUCCAGACACUACUGCAAUAAGUGUUCAUAAUGGUAUAUGGUAUGAACCUCAUUAUUUUACACUUGCAUUCUAUCCUCAAGCUAACUAUACUGUAUAUGGUAAAGGAAGAGAUAGUCUUGGUUUAUAUGUUGCUAAAGGAGUCUAUUCACCAAGAACUCUUCGCAUGGCUUUUGAUAAAUACUAUCAAACAGAAUUUGGAAAUGUAAGACAAAAUCAAAAUAAGAAAAUGACUAUUCAAGUUACAUGGAAUCCUUUUACACAAAGCUUUGAAGGCAAACAUUAUUUAAAAGACGGAAAAUAUGUUGAAGAACAACCAUAUAUAAUGCAAAUAACAAAUGUACCAUACUUUCGAUAG